UGUUCUUCUUCUUCGUGGCAGGAGGAGAUGGUUCCUAGUGCCACGUUGAUGGAGACCAGUGGGGACGUGGAGAUCUGUCUGGAGCCUUUAGCCGGUACCCGGUAGCCUCCUUCUUCUCGUGUUUCUCUACGGACGACGAUCACGACGCAGAACCGAAAAGGGAAGCUGCUCGGGCGGAGGAGUGUUCGCCACUUGGUGCAUGUUGAUGUGAGACGGAGCGAAAGAAGGGCAGGAUGAAACUUAAAGAGAUCAACCGCACAGCCAUCCAGAGCUGGAGCCCUGCGCAGCAACACCCCAUCUACCUUGCGACAGGAACAUCAGCCCAGCAGCUGGAUGCCUCCUUCAGCACCAACGCCUCCUUGGAGUUUUUCGAGCUGGACCUGACGGAGCCGUCCCUGGACAUGAAGUCAUGUGGCAGCCUCUCCUCCUCUCACAGGUACCACAAGCUGGUGUGGGGCCCCUAUGGGAUGGACACGGAAGGCCACCCGUCCGGGGUGCUGAUCGCCGGGGGGGAGAACGGCAACGUGAUCCUGUACGACCCCGCCAAGAUCAUGGCGGGGGAGAGCGACGUGAUCAUCGCCGAGAGCGAGAAGCACACGGGGCCGGUGAGGGCGCUCGACGUCAACCCGUUCCAGAACAACCUGUUUGCAUCCGGUGGGAACGAGUCUGAAAUCUACAUCUGGGACAUGAACAACUUCGGCUCUCCGAUGACUCCGGGGCCGAAGACUCAGCCUCUGGAGGACAUCGGCUGCGUCUCGUGGAACCGGCAGGUGCAGCACAUCCUGGCGUCGGCCAGCCCGAGCGGCCGCGCCGCCGUGUGGGACCUCCGCAAGAACGACCUCAUCAUCAAAGUCAGCGACCACAGCAACCGGAUGCAUUGCUCCGGUCUGGCCUGGAACCCGGAAGUCGCCACUCAGCUGGUCUUGUCGUCGGAGGACGACCGCAUGCCGGUCAUCCAGAUGUGGGACUUGCGUUUCGCCACCUCUCCUUUCAAGAUUUUGGAGAACCACACUCGCGGCGUCCUCGCCAUCGACUGGAGCCUGGCGGAUCCCGAGCUGCUGCUGAGCUGCGGGAAGGACAACCGGAUUCUGUGCUGGAACCCCAACACGGCAGAGGUGCUGUACGAGUUGCCCACCAGCAGCCAGUGGUGCUUUGACAUCCAGUGGUGCCCCAGGAACCCCGCGGUGCUGUCGGCCGCCAGCUUCGACGGACACAUUGACAUCUAUUCCAUCAUGGGAGGAACCAACCAGGCGCAGAGCCAGAGGCACGCCGACCAGAUCAGCAACUCGUUCGGCAACAUGGAUCCCUUCGGCACCGGGCAGACUCUGCCCCCGCUGCAGCUGCCCCAGACGACCCCCCCGCCGCUGACCGUCAACCCGCUGAAGAAGCCCCCCAAGUGGAUCCGCCGACCCGUCGGAGCCUCGUUCGCCUUUGGCGGGAAGCUGGUGUCUUUGGAGAACACCAAGCCGAACCCGCAGCAGCCCCCGUCGCACGUGGUGCACGUCAGCCAGGUCGUCACGGAGACGGCCUUCCUGGCGCGCUCGGCGCGGCUGCAGGACACGCUGAGCGCCGGCAGCUUCGUGGCCUUCUGCCAGGAGAAGAUGGACGUGGCCGAGAACGAGUUCCAGAAGACUCUCUGGUCCUUCCUCAAGGCCAAUUUUGAAAGCGAUGUUCGCAGCAAAUAUCUGGAACUUUUGGGGUACAACAAAGAGGAUCUCGCUUUAAAGAUUUCAGCAGCUCUGGAGGAAAAACCCGCUGACCCUCCCCAGGUGAGAGAGUUUAAUCUCACGGCGGAGGUUCCCGCUGCCAUCUGCCUGCAGGGGUCACCUGACCUCAGCAUCGCGCCGCCCGCCGACUCCCCCGAGGCCGCCUUCGACGUGAUCGCCGCUGCGAACCUUCAGCCGGCGGCCGCGGUGGGGGGGGACGCCGCCCCCGGGCCGGAGGCUGAAGGCCCAGCAGCGAGCGGACCGGAGGAGAAGGUGGACCAGGUUCUACCAGAGGAGGAGGAGGAGGAGGAGGAGGAGAUCCCCUUGGAGGAAGAGGAGGCUCCGGCGGCGCCAGUGGAGGAGGAGCACAGCCCUCCCGAUGACGCCGUGGACCCGGCUCCGGCUCCGGCGCCGACUCCGGCGCAGACGGAAGGCGUCAGUCUCAGCGUCGGUCAAGAUGUGGACGGGCUCAUCACGCAGGCCCUGCUGACCGGAGACUUCGAGGGAGCAGUGGAGCUCUGUCUCCAUGACAACCGCAUGGCAGACAGCAUCAUCCUGGCCAUCGCCGGCGGGUCCGAGCUGCUGGAGAAAACCCAGAAGAAGUAUUUUACAAAGACGCACAGCAAGAUCACCAAGCUGAUCAGUGCGGUGGUGAUGAAAGACUGGCACGACAUCCUCAAGACGUGUGACCUGCAGAACUGGAAGGAGGCUCUGGCGGCUGUCAUGACCUACGCUCGGCCCGAGGAGUUCUCCGCCCUCUGCGACGUCCUCGGGGGCCGGCUGGAGGCCGCGCAGGACGCCCACCUGCGGGCCCAGGCCUGUCUGAGUUACAUCUGUGCCGGAAACGUGGAGAAACUUGUGUCCUGCUGGACCACAGCCCAGGACGCACACUGUCCGCUCUCCCUCCAGGACCUGGUGGAGAAGGUGGUGGUGCUGCGGCGUGCGGUGGAGCAGACGCAGCGCUCCGGUCCCGCUGCUCUCGGCGUCCUGCUGGCUGAGAAGAUGAGUCAGUACGCCGACCUGCUGGCCUCGCAGGGCAGCCUGUCCACCGCCAUCACCUACCUGCCCGACAACGCCGCCCAGGCUACCGUACAGCAGCUUCGCGACCGCCUCGGCCGGGCCCUCGGGCAGCAAGCGGCGCCGGCUCCGGUUCCGGCACAAACCCAGCGAGCUCAGACUCAGCCCCGGCAUCAGUUCUCCCCCGUCCAGCCCGCCGCGGUGGCUCCGCCCGCUGCCUCCGCCCCGGCACAGCCGCAGUAUUACCAGCCGGUGAGGGCUGCGUCCACUGUCACCUCCUGGAGUAACCAGACUCCCACAGCCCUCCCCAAUGUCCCUCCUCCUCCUCUUCAAGGAGGCAGAGCCUCAGAGCAGCAGGCGGAGCCUCCAAACUCUGCGUACGGGAUGAUGGCGCCGUCCUCCACAGCCGCCGCACCUCCCGCCUCCUCCGCCCCUGCCUACAUGUACUCCCACCAGUACCAGCCGUACCCCCAGGUCAGUCAGUACCCACCUGGAGCUGGGGGGGGUCCUGCCUAUCAGCCUCUUCAGUCCUCCUCCUCCUCUGCUCCUCCUCCUGCAGAGCCGCCCGGCUUUCUCUCUCAGUACACGCAGCCAACAUCUCCGGUCUAUCCCGGACAUCCUCCCCUCAGCCAGUGCCCGUCCUCCUCCCCUCCCUCCCAUCCUCCCUUCCUCCCCUCUUCCUCCUCCUCCUUCUCCUUUUCCGCUCCUCCGUCCUCCGGAGCGUCUUUCCAGCAUGGCGGGCCGGGGUCUCCUGUGUCCUACAUGCCUCCUCCUCCACCGGUGGGAUUCUCAGGGCCUCAGAAUGGCUGGAAUGACCCUCCGGCCCUGAACAGAGCCUCAAAGAAGAAGUCGGCAGCGGUGAGCUACACCCCUCCGACCCCCAUCACCGCUCCCAUCAUGGCUCCGCUGGGCGCCGCCCCCCAGGCCCAGCAGGGUCCCUCUGGGGCUCCUCAGGCGAUGGGCCAGGGGCCACACGGAGCCCAGGUCCCCUACUCCGGCAUGCACCAACAGCACCACCACCAGCAGCAGCAGCUCUCUCCUCCACCCAUGAACCCUGCAAUGCCCAACACCAGCAUGGAGGGGGCACCAGGAGCUCCCACUGGAGACGUCAUACAGCCUCUGCAGUCCAUCCCCGCGGAGAAGAUCAUGAAGAAGCCCAUCCCCGAGGAGCACCUGGUGCUGAAGAGCACGUUCGAGGGGCUCAUCCAGAAGUGCUUGGCCGUGGCCACAGACCCCCAAACUAAGAGGAAGCUCGACGACGCCAACAAACGUCUGGAGGCGCUGUACGACAAACUCCGAGAGCAGACGCUCUCCCCCGCCAUCGUGGGAGGCCUCCACAGCAUCGCCCGCAGCGUGGAGUCCCGCUCCUACGCCGAGGGCCUCGGCAUCCACACGCACAUUGUCAGCAGCAGCAACUUCAGCGAGACGUCGGCCUUCAUGCCCGUCCUCAAGGUGGUGCUGACGCAGGCCAACAAGCUCGGGGUGUGAGCGUAUCCCCGGGAGCCACUUCCUGUUUUUUUUUUAUUCUAUUUUUCUCUUCAUUUUGGACAAAGUAUUCUGAGAUGUAUGAAAAGCCUCUCGAAUUCUUUUCUCGUGCCAUUUUCCUCCUGUCGGUCAAUGGUGGAAGUGACUUCUGAGAACAUAAUUGAAUUAUUGAAUUGGAGUACCGCCUUGGUCACACUGAUCGAAUAUGCAAUGCAUGUUUUGAAGCGUAAUCAAAUUUAAGUGAUCAAAGAUUCAACUCAUCAAAUUUAAAAUCUGCAAAAUGCAAGGAAGGCAAUGCUUAAGUGUAUUUUAUACGCAGAGAAAAAUGGAAUUUAGAGAACAACUUAAGUCAUAAAAGUAACAGGAGAUUCAGGAAUUAAAGGGCAUUUCUAUUUACUCGUGUUGAGACGAUCAAAAUAUAUAAAAGAAUAACGCUCAUCUUAAAUCAUUUGGCAUUAAGCAGCAGGGCGUCGUGCAAACAGUCCCUUAGGAAAUGUUUUAUAGUCUUUUAAUGUUUGUGUGCUACAUUGAUGCUCCGCUACCUUUUUAUCAUCCAUGAUUACAGGGACUUCCCUUUUUAAAAGUACAAAAACAUGCUUUAUUGUCACAUUACACAACAGAUCUGCAAAUGAUGCAGUUUAGAGAAGAUGGAGCCCCCCCCCCCAGGCAAUUACAGCAGAAAGGAGGCUUUUAAAAAAAAAAAAGAAGAAAGCACCAUGUGUGUCUUUUGUUGGUACUUUGUUGCCUCUCUGCCGUUCCCGGCUUACUUUCACCACCGGCGUCACUCCGUACGCCUCAAAGGACCAAGGUGUGAUCAGCGUGAGGGACGAUGACGCUUCAUGUCUUAUUUCAAUUUUGUAUCUUUGAUUUUUUUUUUUUUUUUUUGUGUAAUCAUAAGGCUCAGCAAAGUGCAAUGGAUUUAAAGAAAAGACUGCUUUUUAUGGAUUAUAAAGUAUGCAUGUUUAAACAGACGUCUUUGACGCAUUGGAGGUAAUUAACGGCUAAUUAAUCUGACCUCAGAAGCAAACAGGAAGUAGACUUGUACUUGAUUUCCAUUCCAACUAUGAUGAGGGCUGUAGUUUGUUGUUAAUAAAAGGAAAACAAGUCUUUGUUUAAGAUUGACUACAUGCAAUAUUUUCAAUAAAUAGUAUUUAUUUACAA